AUGCCUCCUCCCGUACAAGUCGCAUAUAAGAGGAUCGGCAAACCAACAGUAGGCGAAAACGGUUAUGUUGAUUUCCAACCCGGGAAAACCGAAGUCCUCCCCAAAGGCUGGAACGGCUUCAACGCGAAACCAUUGAUAAGUGACAUUAGGGUCGAACAUGAUGUCGAAAUCGUGGUCCGCGAUGGCGCCCGACUCUAUGUUGAUAUAUAUCGCCCGGCAGACACAACCGAGAAGGUCCCCGCAGUCCUGAGCUGGUCAUUCUACGGCAAGAAAUACAGUGCAUUGGAUAUGUUACCAAUGUGCGUGUGGAAUUGCUGUGUUCCGCGCUCUGACCUAAGCGGCCUGGAAAAGUUCGAGGGACUGGACCCCCAAUCAUGGUGCCCGAAGGGUUACGCGAUCGUGAGUGUGGACACACGUGGCGCUGGUAAUAGCGACGGGCAGAUCUGUGUGAUGGGCAGUCAGGAUGCGGAAGAUGGCUACGAUGUCGUCGAGGCAAUCGCUGCCAUGGAUUGGUGUAAUGGGUCCAUUGGUAUGGCCGGUAACUCUGCGCUGGCGAUUGCUCAGUGGUUUAUCGCUGCCCAGCAGCCCCCGUCAUUGAAGGCAAUUGCUCCUUGGGAGGGGUUGGGCGAUCUUUAUCGCGAGCAGUUCUGCCGUGGUGGGUGGUUUUUCAUGAGCAAUUUUGAUCUCAUUGCUCAGAGGAUCGUUCGAGGACCAGAGAAUUCCGGACUGGAGGAUUAUGAGGAAAUGUACCGCCGAUCGCCUGUUUCGAAUGCUUUCUGGGCCGACAAGCGAGUAGAUAUGACGAAGAUUCAGUGUCCAGCUUAUAUUCGUGGUUCGGAUGUGAGCUCGAUUCAUACCAUGGGUUCCGUUCGUGGCUAUCUCGAAAUCCCACACGACAAGAAGUGGAUCCAUUGGGGAAGCAAGCAGGAGUGGUACGAGCUGUAUAGUGAGCCUGAGUCAAUGGAAGAACUCACUGUCUUCUUUGAUCGCUAUCUCAAAGGCAUCGAGAAUGGCUGGGAAAAGACUCCUAAAGUUCGUUGGUCUGCUUUGCAAUUUGGCGACCGUGAGGCCAUCGACAACAUCGUUCUAGAGGACUUCCCUGUUCCGUCAACAGAGUACCGGAACUUAUACCUCGGGGGCAACCAGCAGCUUCUAAGAACAGCUACCACCGACUAUUCCACUGUCUCAUAUGAUUCCGAGAGCAGAGCCAGCAUUGCCGAGUUCAAUUAUACCUUCGAGAAACCUUCACGCUUAAUUGGAUUGCCAAAAGCAAUCCUAUACGUGUCCGCCGAGGAGCAGGAUGACUUUACGGUGUUCGUCAUUCUACGCAAGAAAGAUAAGGAUGGAAAAGCAUUGAUGCACCUCAACUUCCCGUUCCACGCUACACCUGUUAAGUCAAUUACCGAAAUCCCUGAAAAGGACCAAGCGAGUCUGAAUCUACACCUAGGAUCCGUUGGAAUCCUCCGUGCCUCUCAUCGUGCGAUUGACUCGACGAAGAGUAUACACCCGCAAUUUCCCUUCCAUCCACAUUUGAAGCAGGAGAAGAUAGAGCCAGGGACGGUCACGAAGCUCGAAAUCGGUAUCUGGGCAAUGGGGGUAGACUUCGAUGCUGGAGAGUCUAUUAGUUUGCAGAUUGGCGGCCAGUAUCCUAGCAUUGCGAAGGAUAUUACAUCCUUCUCCAAGCCCCGUCCGGCGUAUGAGCUUAAUAAAGGGAAGCACACUGUCCAUUUUGGUGGAGAGUAUCCCAGCAGUGUUAUCCUUCCAUUUAUUUGA